AUGGUACUGCCACAUGGUAUUGCAUGGAAGCUGAACCUUCCCCAGAGUGCAAUAGAUGCUGCAGUUGAGCAAGAUUUUGAUCUGAAGGGUUAUGUGUUUGAGGCUUCUCCAGAGCAGCUCAGACCACCCAGAACUGUCCGCGUGGGACUCAUUCAGAACAAGCUAGUCUUACCCCCUGAUGCUCCUGUGCUUGAACAGAUCAAAGCUCUGCACAAGCGUGUGGGGGAGAUGGUAGAGGUGGCGGCCAUGUGUGGGGUCAAUAUAGUGUGUUUCCAGGAAGCCUGUACAAUGCCUUUUGCAUUUUGCACACGAGAGAGGGAGCCCUGGACAGAGUUUGCCGAAUCGGCUGAGGAUGGGCUCACCACACGCUUUUGUAUUCAGCUGGCCAAAAACUACAACAUGGUGGUGGUGUCUCCCAUUUUGGAGAGAGAUGAGAUUCAUGGUGGAACAUUGUGGAACACUGCAGUCGUGGUGUCCAAUAAUGGCAAUGUUCUAGGCAAAUCACGGAAGAAUCACAUUCCCCGUGUGGGAGACUUCAAUGAGUCAACAUAUUACAUGGAAGGGAAUACCGGCCACCGUGACCAGUUCCAGACACAGUUUGGAAAGGUUGCAGUUAACAUCUGCUAUGGCCGACACCAUCCUCUCAACUGGUUAAUGUACAGCAUACAUGGGGCUGAGAUCAUCUUUAACCCUUCGGCCACAGUUGGAUUGCUCAGUGAACCAAUGUGGCCGAUUGAGGCCAGAAAUGCUGCCAUCGCAAACCACUGCUUCACCUGUACCAUCAGCCGUGUGGGAAUGGAGUAUUUCAAGAAUGAGUUCACAUUUGGAGAUGGAAAGAAAGCACACCAUGACUUUGGCAACUUUUAUGGCUCCAGCUACGUGGCUGCACCCGAUGGCAGCAGAUCCCCAGGAUUAUCCAGAACCCGUGAUGGCCUGCUGCUGACAGAGAUGGACUUGAACCUAAAUCGGCAAGUUGCAGACAAAUGGAACUUCAAGAUGACUGGAAGGUAUGAAAUGUACGCAGAAGAGCUCAAAAAAGCCAUCCAGCAUGACUUCAAACCCAACAUUCUUAAGGAGUGAGCUUAUAAGGAAAACCGUGCUGUCAGCUGAAAGCCAAACUCUGCAGAUGCAGGAGAACCACAUUAUGUAUUAGGGAUAAGUCCUUGUACCUCUACUUGAAUUUCACAAAAUAACUUAUAUAAUUUUAAUAAUUUAUCGGUUCAUUUUUAAGGUCAAUAAUGGAAGGAUGCAUUUGAUUAAAAUACAAAUACAACUUUUAUUAAUUUCUGAAAUGCUACUAUAUAUUUCAUAAAAAUAAAGUUUGCCAUAUCAACAUUCCUUAUGGUCUUUAAAAAAAAAAAAAAAAGCAGAAGUUGAUGUAAUCGGGACACCUGAUGUCUUAAAAAUCAAAGGAAAAAACAACAAAAUAACAUUUAACCUGAAUGAUCAAAGAUUAAAUAACAAUUAUGGCUGGUGGAACACCAUAGUGCAAGCAUUUAAUUUGUUAGCCAUUGUGCAACAAACCAUCAACGACUGAACUAUUUGAACCACUGAGCAGGCGUAGUGUGUUUACAAGAUAGCAAACAGUAAAGUGUUCACAACACUGUGUUCAGACCUUUUCAAACGGUGCACAACACCUUACGGUAAACCUCUAAUCCUAGUGUUCCUGUUCUCUCUCAGAGGAAUUAAAGGAAUUAAAGUUGCUAUGUAUUAUGCCAACACAAUGUAAUCAUGAGAAUUAAACUGCAUAAUAUUGUAAUUUACACAGAAACAGGUCUAAUACUGUACUAGUGCUAUGAGUGAGUUUAAAGUGUACUUUAUGGUCAAGGUUCACAGAGUUCAGUCGCCCACAAAGCAGCCAAACUCUCUCUUGCUACUCUACAUGAGGUUAUGACAGAAGUCCAGGUGAUUUUGCUCUUGAGGAAACCCCUGGAGAAAUGAAUCCACGCAUAUUGCACCUAUGAAACGUUUCUUUUUCCCGACAGUGGGAUAUAAUUUAACAUGCUGGAUUUAUCAAAUCUUACCGGAGAUUUUAAAAACAGCUUUCCUCUUGC